CUCAAAGUAGGCUAUAAAAAGUGACGUUUAUCCCUUAAAAUGACUAAUUUAACUUUUAACAUAUACGCUAAUUGGAUGAGGAUAUAUCCAUUAAUUUACGUCCGGUGGUUAGCUGUUGCUAUUAAUGGCCCAGGAAAAUAAUUUUGAGCGCGAUAAUGAUCCAUGUCCGUUAAUCAAUAGAGUGGAUCCGCACUGAGUGACAGUCAGUCAGUCAACUACAGUCAGCCUGUCAGUCAGUCGCAGGCAGCCGGCAUGUGAAAGAAUGCAGAGCGGGGGUGGGGCUGUUUCUCCGAGCAUUUACAUUCCAAACGCUCCAUUGCCAGUAGAGAUCAUUCUUAGCCCGAAGACAAAGAGAGAAGUCCGCGCCGGUGACUUGGUUGGGACUCCGGAUCCACCGCCCUAAAUCAAUUACAAUUUCAUUUGGUUAGGCUGCUCCAUGUUUCCACUAUACUCAAACUGGACAGUGUUCCUUCUCUACCCAAUGGAGAGCACUUACCGGAUGUGACUUCAAUCCUCAUCUAUCUUCCUCUACUCAUCCACUGACGGUUGACCUGUUCUCAGAGGAACGCUCGCUGUGCACCUGCGCUUGGGAGAAAGGCGUGGAGAUACUCACGAAAGGUACUCGUACGCGGCCAGGCUGAGUGAACAGGGGAGUUGGCCCGGUUCUUCCGCGCGCAUGGAGGGAGACGUUAUGGACAAGCUAGAUAGCAUGGCUGCGGUGUGUGACUUCGAUCCCAUUGCGGGAAGCGUCCCGGCCACCAAAGUGGAGAUCACAGUGUCAUGCAGGAAUCUAUUAGACAGAGACACAUUCUCCAAAUCUGAUCCAUUGGUGGUGUUGUACACUCAGGGCGUGGAGACCAAACAGUGGAGAGAGUUUGGGAGAACGGAGGUGAUUGACAACACUCUAAACCCAGACUUUGUCAGGAAGUACAUCCUGGACUACUUCUUUGAGGAGAAGCAGAAUCUACGCUUUGACGUAUACGAUAUCGAUUCCAAAAGUCCAGAUCUGGCGAAGCAUCCCUCCGACAUUGACGACUUCUUGGGGCAGGUGUUCUGUACUCUGGGAGAGAUCGUAGGAUCCCCCGCCAGUCGACUGGAGAAACCCCUGGGUGGUAUCCCUGGAAAGAAAUGUGGCACCAUCAUCCUUUCAGUCGAGGAGCUGGGGAACUGCAGAGAAGUUGCCACCAUGCAGUUCUGUGCCCACAAGCUGGACAGGAAAGACUUCUUUGGGAAGUCGGACCCCUUCCUGGUCUUCUACCGGAGUAACGAGGAUGGAACGUUUACUAUCUGCCACAAGACAGAGGUUGUGAAGAACACUCUAAACCCAGUGUGGCAGGCCAUCGCCAUCCCUGUCAGAGCACUGUGCAACGGAGACUUCGAUAGGACGAUCAAGGCAGAGGUGUACGACUGGGACAGAGAUGGCAGCCAUGACUUCAUCGGUGAAUUCACCACCAGCUACCGAGACCUGUCCCGAGGCCAGAGCCAGUUUAAUGUGUACGAGGUGGUGAAUGCCAAGAAGAAGAUCAAGAAGAAGAGAUACAUCAAUUCUGGGACGGUGACUAUGUUGUCGUUCGCAGUGGAGUCAGAACACACAUUCCUCGACUACAUUAAAGGAGGAACUCAGAUUCACUUCACGGUGGCCAUUGAUUUCACAGCAUCCAAUGGGAACCCGUCCCAGUCAACCUCUCUACACUAUAUGAACCCGUACCAGAUGAAUGCAUACGCCAUGGCCCUGAAAGCUGUCGGGGAGAUCAUUCAGGACUAUGACAGUGACAAGAUGUUCCCUGCUCUGGGCUUCGGAGCCAAGCUGCCCCCCGAUGGACAUGUGUCCCACGAGUUCCCCUUGAAUGGCAACAUAGAGAACCCUUACUGCAACGGAAUGGAGGGGAUUCUAGAAGCAUACCAUCAGAGUCUGAAGACUGUACAACUCUACGGACCCACCAACUUCUCUCCGGUUGUCAACCAUGUGGCAAAAUAUGCAGCGGUCGUACAGGACGGCUCUCAGUACUUUGUCCUGCUCAUCAUCACAGACGGAGUCAUAUCAGACAUGGCCCAGACCAAGGAGGCCAUCGUCAAUGCUGCUAAGAUUCCUAUGUCUAUCAUCAUUGUUGGAGUUGGACACGCUGAGUUCGAUGCCAUGGUGGAGUUGGACGGUGAUGACAUCAGAAUCUCCUCGCGAGGGAAGCUAGCAGAAAGAGACAUUGUACAGUUUGUCCCGUUCAGAGACUACAUGGACCGGACAGGAAACCACGUGUUGAGUAUGGCCCGGCUAGCCAAAGACGUCCUGGCUGAGAUCCCUGAACAGCUCAUCCUCUACAUGAAGAAUAGAGGUAUCAAACCCUGUCCCCUGCCUCCACCCAAUGAGGAACCAGGCCCUGAGGACCAGGACCACACCCACCCCUAUCUGAGCCCCACCCCCACUCCCAUCUGAGGCUCCAACCUUGAGGAAGUAGUUUCAGAGUAGGGUGGGUGGUGCACCCCCUCAUGGAGAAACAAAAUGUGGAAAUGCUUCAAGGCACAUUUUUCUCAGUCUUUACAUAUUCAUCUGGUUGUCGUGCUGAACAAAUAGCACUCUAUUUUCUUUGGAACGAGACUUCAGAAAGACUGCUUUGAGCAACAAAAAAAGCUGAAGAUUGGGGAGUUUUACUUUUGAGUUUCAACGCCUGAUUGGGAGGGUGGAAAGGGGGAUAAGGAAGAGAGGAGGAGAAGAAGAGAAGAGAAAUGUAAAGCAAUGUUAGGCGUUUGAUGUCAAAGUGGUGACGUAAUGGGUAGUAUACCCUGAGGUAGAGAAGUAGGUUUUUUGAGGUCAUUAAUUAUUAGAACGUGCCAGUCAUGUUUGUGCAUACGAUACCUUUUAGAGUGGCUGUGUAUGUGGGACUAAGAAAUCAUCUGUAUAAUGAUUUAUUUAUUGUAAAAAACUGCAGUAUUUAUUCAUGGGGGAUGGUGAUCCUCAUAUUUUCCCAUACCAAUUGUUGAGGUGAUCAAUGCUAUAAAUAAUUGUUUAUUUCUACUUCAAUUAGUACUGUAAUAUAAAGCAUGUUUAUAAUUAGCUAAUGUCCAGCUGUUUAGGAAUAGUUAGGAACGAUGAAGACGAGUUAUUUGACAUGUUUGACUGUAACAGUUAUUCAGAGGACCAGCUGUUUGUGUGACAGUUAUAAUAAUAAUAAUAAUAUAUGCCAUUUAGCAGACGCUUUUAUCCAAAGCGACUUACAGUCAUGUGUGCAUACAUUCUACGUAUGGGUGGUCCCGGGGAUCGAAUGCAUCAUAUACAAAACGUACUUACCCUACACAUAUUCAAUGUGUAUCAAUAAAAUGCACUAUAACAGGCCAAAUAGAAAGCACAAAUAUCAUAUACAAUGCAUUGAUACGGAAGUAUAUAUCACAAUUAUAUACAAGCUAACCAACAGCUACCACAACCAGAUACAAUGGAUAGGACUGUUAUAAUUAAUUUCUUCCAGUUCUAGAAUAUCAUUGUUGAUGAUAAUCUAUUUACUUUAAAUUCUACAUUCUUUAAUAUUAUAAUUCAUCUAGUUAUGCAUGAACGUAGCCACAUCUUCAAAGGCCUGGAAUUUACAUAGCAUUUACAUAGUAUUUACAUAACAUUUACAUAGUAUUUACAUAGCAUUUACAUAGUCGUAGUAUGUGGAGGGAAUGCCAUGUCGUCUAUAAGAUCCUUCUCAUUAUAUUUGCUGUGCUCGAUGUUGUCGUUUCUGUUUUGAUUGUUCUUCAUCCCUUGCGCACCGUGCCAUGGAUAUUAGGGCAGCGGGUGUAUAACAGUGAGAAUGUACUAAAAAGUUGGUAUAAUGUUAGUUUGGUUUCUUCAGUUCCAUGUCAAGUCAACCACAAUCCUUUUUUUUGUUGGACUAGAUUGUUUUGUUUUUGAACCGGAUGGGAAAUACUUUGAGAAUGGCAUAAUAGAACAAUUGGAAGUAAUUGUAGUAAACUGUAUAUUAAUUGCGUUUUAUAACAAGUCAUUAAAAGGGAGUCAAUAUAUAAAAAGCAACUGCACAAAGAGCAGUUGAAACCAUGAACAAUAUGUUUUCCUCACUUCAACUGGAAUACUGAUAGAUUUCCAACUCGCUGCCAGGGAUGUAUUGAUGUCUUUAAUUGAAGUUAUUGAUGUAUAAUGUGACCGACUGGGGUUCGAACCCGGGUUUGCUAAGACUGUAUUAGCCCGCUAAGAUAAACCCUAGCCAUUAGCUGAAGGGGCCAACACAAGUCUUCUCGUUUCGGACAAGGUUACUCAUAACACGAGCCUGGUUCUGAACUGCCUCUGUUACACUGUAUGUAUCAAGACAACUUUCAAUUGGUAUAAUGCCAUCUAUGACUUGUUGUUAUAUUGCCAAAUUGAAGUUGUUGACAUAUUAAGUAGUAGUUUCCUGAGCGAACAGCAGAGCAGCGUAACCACACAGCAGAGCAGCGUAAUCACACAGCAGAGUAGCAUAACCACACAGCAGAGCAGCAUAACCACACAGCAGAGCACUAUCACCACACAGCAGAACACUAACACCACACAG